AGGUAUGGUCAUAACACGAAGCAGGCCAUACAUACAAGGGCCUCUAACUCGAUUGACCCUACCUUGCCAUGAGUAAACUCUGGACAAAGAGCAAAUGAAGUUCUAAUUCUCCAAUUCGUUCGGCCAGCCAAACACACAACACAGAACACGAUCGACAGCCAGUGGACCAACAGUUAAUGCUGAUGCUGCAAAGGAAUUUCGAGUUGAUAACAAAAACAACAGUAAAGCUGUACACGAUAAGGCGCCAAGGAACACACAAAUAACAACAAUUAAUACGGAAUCAAUACGUCACAAAAUACCGAUGGGGACUCAAUCGAUAUAUUGUAUUGCAUUAGGAUGCUCACUUGAAAGCGAGGGAAACGACAAGCUGUGCGCAUUUAUUUGUUAAAGAAAACGUGGAUAGGAAAUAAGCAAACAAAAAUGAGCACAAACGACCACAUCGAUAGCGUGGAUAUGAGCGGACUCUGCAUGAACGAACGCUACUCGGACGUGGAGUUCUUGGUGGAGGAGCAGCGCCUGCCCGCCCACCGCUACAUUUUGGCGGAGCGCAGCGAGUACUUCCGUGCCAUGCUCUACGGGAACCUGUCUGAGUCAAAGGAGCGGGAAAUUCGAUUGGAGGUGCCAGUGAGUGCAUUUAAACUGAUCUUGGGCUAUAUUUACACCGGCAAACUGCCACUAUCCCUACUGGACGUGGAUGUCAUCAUGGAUGUGCUCGAAUUGGCCCAUCUUUACGGAUUGCUGAAUGUCGAGGCGGCCAUAAGAAAACAUCUGCAGCAGAAUCUGGCCCCCAGCAAUGUCUGCACGAUCCUAGAUGCAGCACGUCGGCACAGUAUGGACGAGCUAACCGAAGAAUGCCUUAAGUUUAUGGACCGCAAUGCGUGCAUACUGCUGGAGGAGUCAUCUUUUGAAAGGCUCUCUAAGGAAUCCCUUGGGGAAGUCCUGCAACGGAACACUUUUUGCGCUCCUGAAGUUCAAAUCUUUCAGACUGUAUGCAAAUGGAGUCUCUUCAAUCCGAGCGCGGACAUCAAGGCGGUAAUCUCAAACGUACGUCUCUCACUUAUGAGUGUCCAUGAGCUGCUGCAUGUGGUCCGGCCCACUGGCAUAUUUGAGCCGGACCAAAUAUUAGACGCCAUUGAUGAAGCUGUUAAAAAAUAAGGCCAAAUUAUUUAA